AUGAAAAAUCAUACAUCUGCGAGCCAGUUCAUUCUUUUGGGAUUAACAGACGACCCAAAACUAAACAUUUUGAUUUUUAUAUUUCUAUUAUUCACAUAUAUACUGUCUGUAACUGGAAACCUGACAAUUAUUACCCUCACUCUGAUAGAUUCACACCUCAAAACACCGAUGUAUUUCUUCCUUAAAAAUUUCUCCUUUCUAGAAAUCUCGUUCACCACAGUUUGUAUUCCUAGAUUUCUUGUCAGCAUUGUAACAGGGGAUAUGACCAUUUCCUAUAAUUCUUGCAUGGCCCAGGUGUUUUUCGUCAUACUCCUUGGAUCAACAGAAUUUUUCCUUUUGACUGCUAUGUCCUAUGAUCGCUAUGUAGCUAUCUGUAAGCCAUUGCAUUACACGACAAUAAUGAACAGCAGAGUCUGCAUGCAGCUUGUAAUUAGUUCCUGGCUGACUGGAUUUCUCAUUAUCUUUCCACCUGUGAUUAUGGGACUUCAACUGGAUUUCUGUGACUCCAACUUCAUUGACCACUUCAUCUGUGACUCCUCUCCUAUGUUACUGAUCUCCUGCACAGACACAGCAUUCCUAGAGCUCAUGGGAUUUUUCCUGGCAGUAUUCACUCUCAUGGUAACCUUAACAUUAGUAAUUCUUUCUUAUGUAUUUAUCCUUAAGACAAUUCUGAGAAUCCCUUCUGCAUAACAAAGGAAAAAGGCCUUUUCUACUUGUUCUUCACACAUGAUUGUUGUCUCCAUUUCUUAUGGAAGCUGCACUUUCAUGUAUGUCAAAACUUCCGCAAAAAAAGGAGUGGCUUUGACCAAGGGUAUAGCCGUGCUCAAUACCUCUGUUGCCCCAAUGCUAAAUCCUUUUAUUUACUCCCUACGGAAUCAGCAGGUAAAACAGUCCUUUAAGAAUGUGGUCAAAAAAUGUUUCUCAAAUAAAUUUUAA